UUGGGAGAAGUUGGGAUUUUGUUUCCCGUUUUUUUAGUUUGUUUUGUCGCUUAUACUUUUAAAGUAUGACAUGAACAAGUCAAACUGACAGUCAUGGCGGUCAGUCUGCCGAGUGAACUUCGUAAAUUUAGCGGACAUGUGGAACGACUGCGACAAAUUUUGGAAGAAACAAAAAAAUGUUUUAAUGAUAUCAACUCGUCAGCGCAUUUUGAUGGCACUCAGAUAGUCACAGCAGAACUGCUGAAAGAGGAGGAACUGGAAAUUGCCUCGAUUGUCGAGAAACCUCCAACGAUCAUCAUAUUCGGCCAGACGCCGUACGCCAAGUCUCGGGUUGUCAACGAACUCUUUAGCAAACACGGCAAAGAAAUCUUCCCCUUUCUGGAUGAGAAUGACGACGAAUCGCGAUUCCGGAUGGUUCGCUUUAAACACGGUGAGAUGCUCUCGGUCAGUCUGUCGCUUUCUGACGACUAUGACCUCGUCGAUCAUUUAGAGUCGUACAACGGACCGUGGCACACGGUUCCGAAGAAAGACAUUGAGCUGGAUGUUGAUGUAGACAGUGGUGGGGAUCAGGCCAACGAUGUGGCCGACCUGAACGUCACCAUCAAUCACCCGUUGCUGCGAUACGGGACGCACAUCGUGGUGGCCCCCAGUAAAUAUGGAGACACGUUGGAGGUGGUGCUCAACAAGUGUUUUAAAAACACCACGCCCAUCCUGCUGUACGGAUUUGUGAAGGACCAUCUGUCUGACAAGGAUCUUGCCGAGCUGAAUGAACUUGGAACAAUGACCAACUUCAAACCCGUGUUCUUCAUCCGAGUUCCUCCCCCUGGCUCUAAAACCGUCGACACAGAUCCCCCAGACGGUGCUCCAGGCUCGCCGACUAAAUCGGCCACGUUGCCGAGAGACCGCGGUAACUCUGGCUCCCAGUCAUGGCCUGGGAGCAGAGAGAGUUCCAUCAACCGUGUCAAUGGCAUAUCCAAGUCCAUGCCCACAUGCUGCAUAGCGUUCCAGCAGCUGUGUCGCCUCGGCUAUCUGUCUGAAGUGUCGGGAGUCACCUACCGGAAAUCUCUCACCCGGGACUACUUCGACGUCGAGAGCAAGUUCGUUGACCGGUUUCAGGACUUUCACCAGCGUUUCGCCCUGUUUACAAGGAAGACGCUGCAGGGUUAUCUGAUAAACUCAUCGGUGGUUCUCAACAACACUCACACACGCUGCCUGAACAUGUUCAUCAUGUCGGCGUUCGACAUGGCCCGCGAUAUGCUCAUCACGCCGAAGAAGCUCGAGUUCGUCAAAGAGAAGGAAGACGAUCUGUACAAGUCGCUGCUGAGACUCGCGGUGUCCAAACAGGACGAGAUUAAGUCACUCAUAUCGGGCACAAUAUCGGACAUGAGGUUCGAUCUCGUGGAACAAGCGGCAGAGUACGACUUUAUAGGGGUAGAAAUUGACGACAAUGGUCAGAUCCUGACAGCUAAGGGGUUGAAGAUUUGUGCAGGUCAGAUUCAGGACUUGGUUCUAGGACAGCUGAACCACGCGGUGGCUGGAAAACUGAUGGGAUCUGUCGACAUACUCAGAGACUCAUACACUGGCACAUUGACACGAUGUCUGGAGAGUUUGGAAUCACUGGACAAAGAAAACCCAGAGGGUUCCAAAGCUACAGAUGCCCUCCGGCAGACUUUGAAUGCUGCCUACCAAGUGGAAAUAACUGUGAGAUCUAGUUCAUCUCUGAUCAAAGUACUGCUCGAGAGAAUGAAACAGCUGGUGCAGGCAAUGCCGUGGAACACACAACCAGUGAUUGAUGCCGAAUGGAAGAAGAAAGUCGCUUCCGACAUGUUGAACAGUCUCAGUGAAGCAAGACUGGCCAAGAGUAUAUCGUCCCAGAUCAAGGAGCGGCUGACGAAGUCUCACGAUGGGUUUCUGUCGUCGCUGCGUCAGUUGGAGAUAAGACACUGUGGCCGACUGGACAAGAUUGAAGACCAGAGGUUGAAACUGCGGAAAGUUCACGCUCCGAAGGUGGCCAAGCUAGCACUGGAGAGCACUUCACUCAAAGAUGCAGUGCAGUUCGGUAUGCCGCAGAUGAGUCGUGAGGUUGGCCGAGGUCAGUAUGGUGUGGUGUAUGCAUGUGACACCUGGGCCGAACAUUCACCUCUGGCCAUCAAGUCGGUCGUACCGCCCGAUGAUAAACACUGGAACGAUCUGGCCUUGGAAUUCUUCUAUACAAAAAACAUUCCCGAACAUGACAGAAUAGUGGCCCUGCGAGGCUCGGUGAUUGACUACAUGUACGGAGGGGGGACCUCCCCCGCGGUCCUACUCAUCAUGGACAGGCUCCAAAAAGAUCUGUACGCUGCCAUCAAACAGGGCCUCGACUGGAUCAGCAGGCUCCAGGUGGCCAUUGAUGUUGUGGAGGGAAUCCGAUUCUUACACGGUCAGGGUCUUGUGCACAGAGAUAUUAAACUGAAAAAUGUCUUGCUCGACCGGGACAACCGCGGUAAAAUAACUGAUUUGGGUUUCUGCAAGCCUGAGGCCAUGAUGAGUGGAAGUAUUGUGGGCACUCCAAUACACAUGGCUCCAGAGCUGUUUACUGGUCACUAUGACAACAGUGUGGAUGUUUAUGCUUUCGGCAUCCUCUUCUGGUAUGUCUGUGCUGGACACAUCCGACUCCCGACCGCGUUUGAACAGUGUGCUAACAAAGACCAUCUGUGGCAGUCGGUGAAAAAAGGGUUACGGCCGGAGAAACAUCCUCUGUUUGAUGAAGACUGCUGGGUGCUCAUGCAGUCAUGCUGGGAUAAAUAUCCAAAUCUUCGUCCCCAUCUUGGUGACGUGCAGACCACAUUAGCAUCCAUCUUCGAGAGAUUCAGAAAGACCACUCCAUUGCCUAGCAAGCCUAGAGAUAAUAAACAUUCUUCAUGCAAUAUUUCUAAACAUCCACAUCAUUAUCAUCAUCAUGCCAAAUAAGAUAAGAUGUCUCAUCGACAGAUCCUGAAAGACCUUCGAUUGCCUAGCCAAACAAGGAGAGACUAGACAUUGUGCAUUGCAAUAUUUCAAAACACCCUUAUCAUCAUGCUGAAUAAGAUAUCUCUUCGACAGAUGCUGAAAGACCUUUCAUUGCCUAGCCAAACAAGGAGAGACUAGACAUUGUGCAUGCAAUAUUUCAAAACACCCUUAUCAUCAUGCUGAAUAAGAUAUCUCUUCGACAGAUGCUGAAAGACCUUCAUUGCCUAGCCAAACAAGGAAAGACUAAGGUCGAUGAUAGUCACUUUUCGCACCCUUGUUUUGGCUUCAUACACAGUAAAUAAAACAUAUCCAAUGGUAAUUUUUUGAUCUGAUAUAUUUGUCAAAAGGUACUUUUUAUUUCUUUCAUCUUUU